AUGUCGCUCAGAGAGAGGCCAGGUUCGUCCUCCAACCAGGACAGGAGAGAACCUAGAUAUCAUGUUUAUGUCCGUCUUCCCUUCAAUCGGGGCGACUUCGUUGAUCCUCCACCGGUGAGCUGGGACGACAGGAAAUCAGAAGCGCUAUGGACCAUUAUCUCGGGAGUAUCGCAGACAGAAAUUGACUGGCAUGAGCUGGCAGUCCAGUUCGAUGUCACAGUCGAGUUCCUCCUCCAGAUGGUGUCCUAUCUCACCGAGCGACACACUGCUCAACUGCGGGCGCAGAUGAGGAAAGCCGCCGCGAACGGUCGCGGUUCCGCCGCUCCGUCACCGAUUCCCGGCGGCGAGCCAGUUGGACACGCCGAAGGCAUGAGACGAGCAGGUUCCAUUGGCGGCCGUACCUCAGCUCUCUCCAUGCGCAAGGAAGCUCUCGCUCCUAAGGACGACGUCAACAAUUCUCCUGGGACACCCACCGCUAAGACAUCUGCCAACUUUCUACGGCCUGCCAUCUCGCGGAACUCUUCCCAAACAACCCUGGUACCGGGCCCGAACCCGAGCCUCGCUGCCCCUGUGGCUACGACAAGCAACAGGAUAGCCAGCAGGUUAAGCGAUUCACAGCGCCGGAGAUUAUCACUAACAUCUAUCAAAACGGGCAGAGACGUCUCCUCCGGUGACGCCACCCACGAAGGAACAACAGAAGAUAACCGAUCCUACCGGCCCCCAGAAUCGCCAUCACCCGUCGCCUCCACCUCACCAUCUUCCUCCUCCGACUCAGACGACGCCGAGCAAAUGCAAAGUCGCUACAUCCGCCGUCCUCCACGCUUCCAGUCGGCUACGGCCCAAGACAAGACAGCUUCCGACGAUGACGACGACGACGACGAACUAGCUUUCCUCCCUCCCGCUAGGACCAGACAACAACAGGAGCAACAGCAACAGCAACAACAACAAUAUCAACAGCCAAGAUUUCAACGACAAAGUAACCCAACAACCACAGGCUCCACCUCCACCUCAGACGGCGGCGGCAGCGGUGCUCUAGACCUGCACGCAACCGUGACCAAACUCCCCCCUGAACUAUCGCGACCAUGGUCAUCCGACAACGCCCCGGAACAGGAUAGGCUCUGGAUCUGGAUCUCAGCAGCAGCAGCAGCAGCAGCUAUAUCAACAACAACAACAACAGCAAGUCAGCCACGGCCACGGCCUGAGCAGCAUCAAGAACAAUCAUCCGCAAUUAUCCACGAUCCAAUCGCAGACUUCCGACUCGUCUACCAGCUCGGUGGCGAUCAUUCCUAA